AUGGGGGACAUGGACUUGGGCAUCCCGAUGCAAACAGCAUCCUUGGAUGUUGUCUUUGCUGAGGCAACUCCAGAACAGGCGAUUAUAUUUCGCAAGCUGAACAGCGACUCUUGGUCCAAACCUCUCACACUUUCCCAGUACAUGGAGGCCGGGGAGCUGCUGUCACGUACAGAACUCGCGAGAGAUGGUGGCAUCAAGUUCUGGGUUUUGUACAAGAAGUCCGACCCCCGGGAAGUGGUUGCUGGUUGCGAGACUGUCAGGAAGACUGUUUUCAUUCGUGAGCCAAGAAUUCCUGGAGCCAGCGAUGCUGGGAAGCCCGAUAGCAUCGAGGAAACAAUGGCGUUCGGAGUUGCCAGCGUCUUUACCAAUCCCAAGUAUCGCCGACUGGGUAUGGCAAACCUCCUGCUCAAGAAGCUCCAGGAAGUGAUGGACAAACAAUCUGCGGUCUGUUCGGUUCUUUACAGUGAUAUAGGCAAACUGUAUUACACGAACAUGGGCUGGAACGUCUUUCCCCACCAGGAAGCCAGUUUGACCUUGCUGAAUGGGGGGAAGAAGCUGGAUCCGGAUUCUUGCUGCAAUAUCAAAACAAGAUUGCUUGCACUGGACGAAAUCAGACAGCUGUGCGACCGCGACAUGGCCGACCUCAAACAGCGGUUGCAGAACUGCCCUGCAGACGGAAAGAUACACUUAGCGUUCUCGCCUAACUUCGCGCAGCUUGAGCAACAAUUCGCGGCCGAGGAUAUCUUUAUGAAGCUACACUUGAAUGCCGAGGUGGAUCGCCGAGGUGCAACGACACUUGAUGGCAAGAGCUGGAUCACUUGGGUCCGCAAGAAACAGCGACUUGUGGUGCUCCGCAUUGUCACAACUGCUCCGGAAUCCGAGGCACGCAAAGUCGAACACAUUUGGGCCCUACUUAAUGCGGCGGUUGCUGAAGCAUCUCUAUCAGGGAUGAAAUCCGUCAUAGUGUGGAACCCUGAUGAGGCUACAACAUCAGGAAUCAAGGCGACGAGCAAUGCGUACGAGAAUGACAUCAAGGUUGUGUUUACAGAGCGAGACGGCUCUAUCCCCAGCUUCAGAUGGCAGAAGGAUUUAAACACAUCCAAUACUGUUUGGGAUGACAACUACUACUACUGUUGGUGCUGA